GAAGAGGAGCCUACCCCGCGCAGCAACGCUGACGAGUGCCAAAGCUGACAUGGAAAGCGACUUGAGCGGCAGCAGCUCGUAUGCUGCCUUCAGCUCGCAUCGUCAGCGGAUCGAGGAACUCGCAGCAGAAAUACAAAGCUGGCCAAUAUUGGAGCCUUGGCAGCCUCUGCCUCCCAGUCUGCACACCGUCAGCGAAUCUCAGCUGCAGGAGUACUGGCAGCAGUAUGAAGAUGCAGAAGCAGAGAUCAGUGAGAUUGAUCAAGGUGAUCUGACCAAACUCAGAGAGCUUGCAAAGACUACGUCGAGACGAGUCAAGUCGUCGCAAGAUGCAGACAUUGUCGAAGUGGCUCUCAUGACGCUCGUCGGGCUGGACAGAGUGCUCGCGUUACUCAGACAUCGACUACAAUUGCUCGAGCUGGUCGAUGCGCGUCUCAAGUGGGAGCAUGCACUCGUACAAUCAAAGCAAGAGCUCGGUGACUUUGUCAGUACGACACUACCCGCUUUUCUAACAAAGGCAAGAUGGAUCCCACCCACUGCCGAUCAGCCAAUGGCCGACGAUGCGACUUUGCCGGCCAACUUGGCAUCUAUCAGCACGCGACUCACCACAUUACAGACGAAGCAGAUCCCCGCUUCCGGCGCAGCACUCGACACUCUCAUUGAUGCCUCUCUGGAACCUCUUCCUGAUGAAUUUCUCGAUACACAAGACUUGCAUGAAGAGGAUGUGCAGGCGAAAAUCACUGGCCUCGCGCCCAGCUUGACCGGUCUGCUUAACCAGCGCUUUCUUGCGCGGCGAGUCGACAACGAUCUGCGCACGCUAGCAUCGCAUGUUAUAGAUGCGCAAGAUCAGAUACGGGCCGAGAUAGAAGGCACUCCGACACUUGCUCGUGCGGGUCACUUUGAGCAGAUUGCCCUCGACUUUGCCACCCAGGUCCACUUGAGCCAGCAAGCCAUACAGAGUCUGCCGCUACCUCAGCAUCAUCUGCUCGUCGAGCUCCCUCGUCACAACGCUGCUGUGACCGCAUAUCUCGUUCAGCAGCACGUAGCCAUCAAUGAUUCGGUAGACGCACUGCUUGCGCUUGUCAAACGCUACAGGCACUGUCUGACCCUCGCCGAGGCUGCUUUGCAAGCACAGUCGGAUCUUCUGGGUGCCGAUGCCAAAUUGGUCGCAGCCAUUGCGCAGCUUGAGCAGACAUCGCAGCACCUGCCUGCUCUGGAUGACCCCCGAUGCCUGGCGAAUGCUUCAGCGUUUGCAGAGCCGUUGUCAGACUGCAAAUUUCUCGUAAGACAGCUUCAUGUCAUUCUCAAGACCGUCGAUGGUGUCGUACUCGUAGGUCAGCAACGUCGAAGCGAUCUGAUACAAGCAAAUACGAAUAGUCAGGGUCGCUACGAACUUAGUCAAGCGCUUCAGAACAGCUUAACGACAAGAGAUCGAGCGCAAAUGCUGGUCAAAGACCAUAACGCGCGUGCGCUGGCUUUGUCUGCCGCAAGCGCUCAGUGGCAGAGGGUCCUGGGCUUGCACAGCUUGUUACUCAAGAUCAACGAGCAGACUGGUAUAGCUUUGACACAUGAGAUCAACGCACCCUUGGCAGGCGCCUCAAAGCUCACCAGAGCUCCUCUCGCAAUCGCUGCUUUGCCCAAUGUGGCCGACCUGCGCCUCGAGACCAGCUCUGUCGCCUUUCAUGCGCAUCACCACCGCACGCUCGAUAGGCUCAAUACUCAUAGGGAUCAUCUUGCAGCUACUCGCAAUACCUGCGAGAGCGUACGAGCUCAGACUGAGUACGUGCGUCAAUAUCGAGAGAAAGGAGAACGGCUCGCCCAUAGAAUCUCGGCCGUCAGUGACCCAUCAGACGAGGUCAAGGCCGACCUGCUUGUCUCGGUGCAACAGCUCAAGCAAUCUGCUCAUGAAGAUUUGCCGCUAGUUGCUCAAGCGUAUCCAUCGAGACUAUUCCUGCCUGUCUCCCAGGAUAGUGGGUGGAACGAUCUCGCGAUACCACCGACGGACGAUAUCGGAACAGCCCUUGCCGAUCGAGACAGCGCAGCAAGAGAGGCUGUCAACGAGACCACCGCACGUCUCGAGGCUGCGCUGGCCGAGCUGAAUCGACAACAGGCUAGUGCUGUGCUCGCCCAGCGGCUUGACCGGCUUCUCAACUCUAUGCGAGCUAUCGACUUGCCUGGUCUCAUUGCCACGAAAGCCUCCGAUGAGCUCCCAGCUCGAAGCUCGGCUCAUGAAGCCCAACAGACGCAUCGGUCUUUGCGAUCAGACAUGCAUAUGCUGCUUCUGGAGGCGGACAAACAUGAUGAUCUGUCUUCGCUAACGGAAAUAUUGCAGGACGUUGACGCGAAGCUUACAUCUAACAUAGAACGAUUGGAUUUACUCGCAAUCUUUGGCCAGCUUACUGAACAGUGUGAUGUCGACAUUGGCGAUUAUCUCGAUACUGCUGAUCCAGAUGGUUCUCAACCCUCAACACCUACGACCCAAUCAGGUAUAAGCAAUGGAAAUGGGCAUGCGUCGACCGACAAGUCAGAGAAGCGAUCUGCUGCCGAGAGACGCCUCGAGGGAGUGCGCAAGGCCUCUGAGCCCAUUGCGCAAGAUAUUAGAGUACCUUAUCAGCUGCAGCGGCUUGAAAGUGCAUUAAGGGAAGCUAUGCUGCUUGUCAACGCACCCCGCAACGACACGCCAGCAAUCGCCGCGGUAGAUAUCCCGCCGGAGAUAGAGCCGCAGCCCGAGCAAACCGCUGCGCAAUCUCCUUCGGUGCAGCUGAAACGCGCGAGCGGCAUCCCACGGCGUACUUUUACUCCGACACGUAUUCCUGUUGCAGUCGCUUCACCUAAACCGCAAGAGCGGCCCAGGAUACCGGUCGAGCAUCGUCCAUACGUAGCGGACGAAUCUGCCAUCGAUCAAGAAGUCGGUAAAAUUUUGAAUAAAUUAGAAACAAAGGUCAAUGUCCGUCGAGUCGUCGACAAUGCUUCUGAGAAGACGACACAAACUGGCCGAUAUCACUUUGGCGAAGAUCGACGGCUGUACUUCUGCCGUAUUCUCCGUGAUGAGGUCGUCAUGGUCAGAGUUGGAGGCGGAUGGCAAGAGCUCGGCAUAUUCCUAUCAACACGAUAUCCUCACAAUGACAGCGGUCAUGCAACGCCGCUUAUGCGUACUGUCGGCUCGAGCGCGGCGCCGAACAUGCCCAGAUUAUCUGAUCCUCGACGUAAAGUGAGCAGCACGACGCGUUCAGCAGACUUUGCAGCCGAUCUCACGAGGAAGCUCUCUGGAGCUCAUGUCAGUCAAGCCUAAUGCUAUAGUCACUUCAUUGCAUAUUACUACACUAC